AUGGCGGCGGCAUUGCUGGCCGGUUCCGCGCUCACGGCGACGACCGCCACCGCGGACGAAACGUCGAUCGCCACGGUGGUCAAGAUCGCCGGCAUCCAGUGGUUCAACCGCAUGGAAGAGGGCGUCAACCAGUUCGCAGAGGACAAUGGCGUCAACGCCUUCCAGGUCGGCCCGGCCCAGGCCGAUCCGCAGCAGCAGGCGGCGCUGAUCGAGGACAUGAUUGCGCAGGGCGUCGACGCGCUCGCCGUCGUGCCGAUGUCGCCCGAGGCGCUCGAGCCCGUGCUCGGCCGCGCCAUGGAGCAGGGCAUCACCGUCAUCACCCAUGAGGCGGCUGCCCAGCAGAACACCAACUAUGACAUCGAAGCGUUCCGGAACGAGGAUUUCGGCGCCAACCUGAUGGAGCAGCUGGCCACCUGCAUGGGCGGUGAGGGCGAAUAUGCCGUCUUCGUCGGCUCGCUGACCUCGCAGACGCACAAUCAGUGGGUCGAUGGCGCGAUCGCCCAUCAGGAAGCCAACUACCCGAACAUGACGCUGGUCGGCGACAAGAACGAGACCUUCGACGACGCCCAGAACGCCUACCAGAAGGCGCAGGAAGUGCUGCGCGCCUUCCCCAAUGUCAAAGGCAUGCAGGGCUCCGCCUCGACGGACGUGGCCGGUAUCGGCCUGGCCAUCGAGGAACGCGGCAUGGAGGACGACACCUGCGUGUUCGGCACUUCGCUGCCCUCCAUCGCCGGCCAGUAUCUGGAAACCGGCGCGGUCGACGGCAUCGGCUUCUGGGACCCGUCCGUGGCCGGCUAUGCGAUGAACAAGCUCGCCAUGAUGGUGAUGAACGGCGAGGAAGUGACCGACGGCAUGGAUCUGGGCCUUGAGGGCUAUGAGAGCGUCGCGCUCGAAGGCAAGGUCAUUUACGGCCAGGCCUGGGUUAAUGUGAACAAGGACAACAUGGCCGACUAUCCGUUCUGA